CAACUCUGACCUCACAGACGAAGAAUAAUAAAAUGAAAAUAUUGUAGGUGAUGCAUGAAUUGUCAGGCUUCAUAACAGUUUAACAGCAGCUACGUGUAUUCCUGGUCACGUCUGUGUUCGCUAAGCCCGCCAUGGCUUUUCAUCCUCUUGGGCUCCUGGAUGCCUUUAGCCACUUUGCUAACUAGUUAGCAUCCCGUGCCGUCUUCGCUGAUGAUGUUAAGUCCGACACUCUGCUGCUUAGUCCAAAUAACAUCCGCCCUUGCGACAUUACGUAAAUCGAGUGACCACCAGGCUUUGUUUUACCCGGAAACCGAGACUAUACAUCUUUAGCAAUGUUCGCCACGCUAAUUCCAUCUCACAGCGCAACGAGAAGCCGCUCUGGAAAAGGUUUUAAUAAGCGGGCUUGCUAACCCGAGCUAGCCGGUGUUCCACCCGUGGUGUCGGUCAGGCUAAGUGGAAUAAAGAAGAGAAUAAACCUCGUAGCCAAGAAGAAGGUAAGAUUGACGGCGACAAUGGCUAACGUCACGGACCUUCAGACCAAAUACGGCAGGUUGGCACAGGAGUACUCCAAGCUGCGUGCGCAGAACCAGGUGCUGAAGAAAGCAGUUGUUGAUGAGCAGGCCAACUCAGCUUCCCUCAAAGAGCAGCUAAAGCAGAGGGAUCAGAGCCUGAGGAAGCAGGAGCAGGAGAUGGAUAGUCUCAGCUUCCGGAACCAGCAGCUGGCUAAAAGGGUGGAGCUGCUUCAAGAGGAGUUGGCCGUCAGUGAAGCCAAGGGCAAAAAGGGGAAGAAUAAAGGGGAUUCUCCCUCACACCACGGCGUUCGAACACAGAGUGUUUUUGAUGAGGACCUGCAGAAAAAGAUUGAAGAAAACGAGAGGCUUCACAUCCAAUUUUACGAGGCAGAUGAGCAGCACAGGAGACAGGAGGCGGAGAUGAGGGCGCGUCUGGAGGAACUGGAAAGAGACUCGCAGCAGCACCAGGCUGUCGUGGAUAGACUCACCGCCAAGUAUACGGAAACGAUGGAGCGGCUGCAGAGUGACAAGGCCAGAUUGGAGGUUAAAGCUCACACUCUAGAGAUGGAAGGGAAAGAGAGCAGAUCGAGGACAGAGGAGUGUCAGCACCAGUUGAGGCGAUGCCAGUCAGAACUCAAGCGGCAGUUGAAACAAAGCAGCAGCGUCAUCCAAGAGAAAGUGCCCUUUAAUGACACCAAAUUGAGUGACUACAACAGUCUAAAUGUGCCACCGCACAAUCGACGGCAUCAGCUAAAAGCCCGGGAUGUAGCGGGCCAGGCCUUAAGUUUCAUUCAGGACCUGGUGGCCGGCCUGCUGAACUUCCAUUCAUACACGGAGCAGAGGGUCCACAUCUAUCCGCUGGACUCUUCCAUUGAGCCCAUCUCUCCGCUCAACCAGAAGUUCUCUCAGUAUCUGCAUGAGAAUGCGGUGUAUGUGCGCCCCCUAGAGGAGAGUUUUUUGCAGUUACACCAAAGCAUCACUGAAGACACGGUCACAAUGCUGGAGACUGUGGACAAGCUGAAGUACUUUGCUGACCAUUUCUCCUCGUAUAGCCAUUUUCUACAAAAACUACUUCCUUAUCAACUCAGAAGCCUAGAGGAGGAGUGCCAGACACCUCUUUGCACUGCUGCCCUUCAAGUAAAGAACCAGGAGCUUCAGAAUGAUAUGAAGAGAGUCACCGCAGUCUUUGGGAAACUGCAAAGAUACAUGAACCUUUUGACAUUACCCAGUGUUCGUCAGGAUGCCCUGCCACAAAGCAGCACCUCUGCUGUCUUCACACAACUGGCCGCCUGCUUGCACAGUCUUCAUGAUGCUGUUAAAGAGAUGUCAAAGCACUACAGCCAGAAGGCCAGCCUUGAGCAGGAGCUCCCUACUGCUACACAGAAACUCUUCACCACCAGCGAAUGUCUGCUGGGCUCUCUGGGAUCACUGACCAGCUGCACCGGCAAGCUCGCCAUGUUCUUCAGCAACAACUUGGACUUCUUCACGUCAUCGGGCUAUAGUCCCAAAGGAAGCACAGCAGCACUUAACCCCUUGCAAGCUGAAAGUAUGCUUGAAAAUAAGAAGAAAGCAGCUGCUUACAUUAACGCUCUUAGAAAGGCCAGGCCACCAUCUGUUCCAUAUAGAGAAGCUUUGUCCAACCGGCGUAUACUCACCAGCUCCACUGAGAGUAGAGAAGGUCUCACUCAACAGGUGCAGCAGAGUCUGGAGAAGAUUUCUCGUCUGGAGCAGGAAAAAGAACACUGGCUCCUGGAAGCCCAGCUGGGGAAGGUGCGACUGGAAAAGGAGAACCAGCGUAUUGCAGACUUGGAAACGCAGCUCGCCGCAGCUCUGGAAGGAAGUCCCAACUUGCAGAAGGUUGCGGUCAGCACAGUCACACAGAACCAUGAGGAAGUGGAGGCGGAUCUGAAAGCAGUCGGGAAGGAGACCAUGUGCACCAGCCUGGUUGGCAUGUUAUGUACGGUACCCUCUGCUGAGCAUGUGGCAGACGAGGAGUCCAGGGAGCAGCUGAUCAAGACUCACUACAUGGCCAGAGUGGGAGAGCUCACCACACAGCUCCAGGUGUCGGACAGCAAAGCGGUGCAUUUCCACUCCGAGUGUCGCGCCUUGGCCAAGAGAUUGGCCAUUGCAGAGAAAUCACGGGAGACUCUAGUCGCAGACAUCAAGCAAGCCAGUCAGAACAUCACACACCUGCAGGAUGAACUGAGCACAACCAAGAGAAGCUAUGAAAACCAACUGAGCACGAUGAGCGACCACUUGUGUAGCAUGAACGAGACGCUGAGUAAACAGAGAGAGGAGAUCGAUACGCUCAAACUGGUCAGCAAGGGAAAUGCCAAAAAGAACAAAGGUCGCUAGAAGUGCCCUCAUAUACUUUGGCUCCGUUUGAGAGAUGGCACCUUGAAGACACUGUGGAGACUCACCCCCGCCCUUGCCCCUGCCCGUCCCAACCCGGACCACGACCACAUCCUCAGAAUCUUCUAAAUGGUGGCUAUACAAACCUGCUGACUGAAAAGGCCUUUGCCUUCCAUCACUUAACUUGUCCCAGAAGCUGUUUGACAUGGAAGAUGAACCGCAGGAAGUCUACACAUCUUGUCUUCUUGUUCAUCACUCAGCUUUGGGGUUUUCCUGUUUUUGUGUGUGUGUGAGGAAGAUUUGUUUUUCCAGACACACAAUGUCAGGCCGCUGGUUUAACAUACACAUAUCUCUUUCACACAGAGAUGACAUCAAAUUGUGGCAUUAGAGGCGUUACAAUAGAGCCAACAUUUAUUCGCCUGGGCCUCUGACUCAAGACAACCUAGUGGGUCGUGGCUGUGGAUGUGGAUGCACUCACACAGCGAUACAAUACUCGUCUGGAAGCAACACAACACAACUUGUUUCCUCACGCUUCCCUUUCACACAGCUCCCAUCCCAUCCUUGUUACACCUCUGAUACUACCUCCAAAGACGGAACAUUUGCAGCUUGGCGCCGUUCACACAGGAAACAAGGAGGAACAUCCCCAGGUUGAAUACGUCACGUUAAAGGAGUGAUUGUUUCAGACGUUAUGCAUUUCCCUUCCAACAUCUGCAUGGUCUUCAGAAGGGCUUCCAACAGUCAACUCACAUGGAAAGGCUUGAAUCCGUCUCUCAUUCUGAAGACAUUUCAGUCGUCUGGAUCUCCAUAUGAAAGCACCAACUGAUUUACUGUGUUUACAUGGAAGAAUAAGGAAGAAUAAGUCCAUAAUGGACAAGUGGGGGCUUGUUAAGCGGACCUGUACACGUGUGAUCUUACUUUGCAGCAGCAUUUCCUUUUCGGACCAAAGUAAAGGCAAAUCCGCAAAGAUGGUUUUGAAUAAAAGCAGCAUACAUUUAAAAUAAUCAUUGUAUGUUUUAAUCGUAAACUCAAACAUAUAUAUAUACGUAUAUAUAUGAGCAUAUAAAUGUUUCUCACAAAACGUCUGCUUAGGUUUUUUGGGGGUGUGUCCCAUAAAGUUUGUAUAAUGGGAUGCGUCAUUCCCCGGACUUUGAACUGGUGCAUAGACAAGCUGGUUCAUGCAGCGUGCAGUUUAGCGUUCAGCUCUUGGCUUGUGGUGACAUGAUGAGGUAAGUGAAGAAGAAGCCAGUCUUCCUGUGCCCACCAGGACUUGCCAGUUGUGUGUACAUGAUGCAGUACUUGUAGCUUCACAGUGUAACCUUUUGUGUGAGAAUCCAAAUAAAGCUCUACUUGUGUUUAGAAAGAU